CCCCCCUAACCAAAAGUUAUAAACCUGUGAUCCUCCCAGCCCUGCACUACUCCUACACAUAUGCCAUGGAUGGGUUUGUGCCACUGUGACACCCCCAAAAUCUCUCCCCUUAUCUUUCCUGUCAGGAGUCAUGCCCCCAUGAGCCCUCAAGUUGUGCCCACCACAGAAUGGCAGAAACUCUACAACUCAAUUCCACCUUCCUACACCCAACCUUCUUCAUACUGACUGGCUUUCCAGGGCUAGGAAGUGCCCAGACUUGGCUGACACUGGUCUUUGGGCCCACUUAUCUGCUGGCCCUGCUGGGCAAUGGAGCACUGUUGGCAGUGGUGUGGAUAGACUCCACACUGCACCAGCCCAUGUUUCUACUGUUGGCCAUCUUGGCAGCCACAGACCUGGGCUUAGUCACAUCUAUAGCCCCAGGGUUGCUGGCUGUGCUGUGGCUUGGGCCCCGAUCUGUGCCAUAUGCUGUGUGCCUGGUCCAGAUGUUCUUUGUACAUGCACUGACUGCCAUGGAAUUAGGUGUGCUUUUGGCCAUGGCCUGUGAUCGUGCUGCGGCAAUAGGGCGUCCACUGCACUACCCUGUCCUGGUCACCAAAGCCUGUGGUUAUGCAGCCUUGGCCCUGGCACUGAAAGCUGUGGCUAUUGUUGUACCUUUCCCACUGCUGGUGGCAAAGUUUGAGCACUUCCAAGCCAAGACCAUAGGCCAUACCUAUUGUGCACACAUGGCAGUGGUAGAACUGGUGGUGGGUAACACACAGGCCAACAACUUAUAUGGUCUGGCACUUUCACUGGCCAUCUCAGGUAUGGAUAUUCUGGGUAUCACUGGCUCCUAUGGACUCAUUGCCCAUGCUGUGCUGCAGCUACCUACCCGGGAGGCCCGUGCCAAGGCCUUUGGUACAUGUAGUUCUCACAUCUGUGUCAUUCUGGCCUUCUACAUACCUGGUCUCUUCUCCUACCUCACACACCGCUUUGGUCAUCACACUGUCCCAAAGCCUGUGCACAUCCUUCUCUCCAACAUCUACUUGCUGCUGCCACCUGCCCUCAACCCCCUCAUCUAUGGGGCCCGCACCAAGCAGAUCAGAGACCGACUCCUGGAAACCUUCACGUUCAGAAAAAGCCCAUUGUAAUGUCCAGUGGUAACA